GCUGGCUGACUAACGUGUUUAGCAUGUGGGCGGAGAUCCUUCGUGGACCGUAAACUGGGUCAUACAAGCCUUCACGAAGAGAUUCCAGUGGUUACGAGUUGCUAUUUCCUGAUUGUUCUAUAUAUACCCUGUGGUAUACCCUCGUAUCACACGUGUGAUAACCACCCUAUGUUGUAAGGGUGGUGUUUGUGUUGGUUAGUCAUACUCAGAGAUUCAAGUGGAUGUAUUGCUUCAUUCUGGAGUUUAUCGACGUACGUAACUCAGCGUGUUGAUAUGUAAACAAUCGUGACUGGGAGCCUUGCAAAGGCCAGGAGAUAAUGGUCAACAAAGGCAGCCGCUAUUCAGCCUGGGUAAUUGACUUGAAUGGGCUAGGUAUUUGAGUCAUUCACUGGGUAUAAACACAACCACGGAAUAUUGGACAGGUAGUUUUCAAUUGGAAGUGUGAUCAUUCACUACACACUACAGAUCCAACAUCCUCAAUGACUCGCAAGACACAGCCGUCCCGACAUGAAGACAAGAUGUCGCUGAAGCAGGAGCGGCCUGCUCGAGCCACGCUACCAGUAGCCAGGAGCCAGUCGUUCGGCGGGAUGUCAGUACGCUCCCAAUCUUCCUCAUCCUCGUCUACGUCUGUGCUGGGCGACACGAUACGUCGUAGUCCCAGGCUGUACACACGGCCCCAGCAGACAAGCCGAGGAUUAGGAUUCAGUUUUCGUAAAUCACCGAAAAUCCCCAAAAUUCCAAGGCCAAACAGAGCUCUCCUGAUGUUCGAGAGCAUGAAAAAGGGUAUCAGGGAGUUCAUCCGAGCUACCCAAGAGGACAUCAUGCAACUGCAGACGGGGGACUCCAACACGUCCACGGCACAGGGUAGGCUCCAUGAAACAGACAAGCAAAUCAAAGCUGCUGAGAGAUAUUUGAAGAAACUGGAAUUUCACUUGUCAAAGCUUGAUGAGCUUCACGAGUGCUACCUGGUUCAUCAACAACUCCGAGAAGGGGCUCGGACUAUGGCAAGAGCAUACACAACGUCGCCUGGCAACAGAAAACAGUCCCUCACGAACGUGAAAUACGGGUAUAAGGAGUGUUCACAGACAUUAUGUGCAAUAGAGGCCCAGCUGGAGAACAUGCUCGGCACGUUCCACUGCAAACUCAAGGGUAUGGCAGGGUUUGCACGGCUCUGCCCUGGCGAUGUGUUCGAGGUCUCCAUCCGCCAUGGGCCACAGAAGUGGAAGACAAAAGGCCGCAUUGAGAAAAACAACACACAGAAGUGGGAUCAGCCUGAGUUUAUGUUCAAAGCCUUGGUUGGAGAAGUCCUCAGUCUAAAGGCUGUGGAGGUUCGCAGCUUCAAGAGUGUACUGCUGGGGCAGAAGAACUGUGAAAUCAAGGAUCUGUUUUCUGCCAACCCUCAACUGAUGACAGUCAGCAUCAACUUCAACGGCUCUCUGAAACUCAGCAUCGUCAUCACAUGGAACCCUCUUGACGGCAUGGAUGAGUCCGUUACAUUCUUCGAGGCUCCGAGUCGGCCCCAGGGUACUCCACGGAGGCGACCCGUGUCCGUUCUGGCUCUGAAUGGCCAACUGUCUGGGAGUUACGGCGACCUGCCGACCGGUCCGGAACGGCGCUACUCCAGCCCACUCCAUCUCCAUCACUCCAAGGACGACUACUACCUGUUCGGCUCCUCUACCUCCCUGCCUACUCGGGCGUUCGAGUCCCACUCGUACCAGGCCUCGCCACUACUCCGCAGCAAGGACAACACCGUGUUUGUGAGCCACACUCAGGGAUCGCGACUAUCACAGACAGUAUUAUCUAGUGCCCUGCCAGUACAGCCUCUUCCUCAGACUCUCCUGCCCGGUGUUCUCUCGCAGACUGUAAUGACCAAUCGGGACGAUCCCACUAGUAUUGAGGAAGGGCUAAAUGUUCUGACGACCUCGUUGGAGGAUUUCCUCGGACAAUAUAACGAGUUGCAGAAGCUGGAGGAAGUGGUUGUUUUCCUGGAGCAGUUCAUCAGGAAACAGUCGCGAUGCAGCUCUCGGUCUUCCAGCAUCAGCGUCUCCAUAGAGAGCGCACUUGAAGCUUUCGAUUUCCUCAACACAGAGGAUACGACAGAUGAUGCCACAGAUGACCUUGACCCUAGUCCUGAAGUGAGCCGUACAUCCAGCAUCGAUCAAAUUCUUGCCAGCCCCGAGUCCACAGCCAAGACGGCCGACUCCGGGAUCGAAUCCCUCGCCAAGCGCCUCAGCGAGGACACUCAGCUCGGCUCUAGUCUGGGUUCCAGCCCCAUCCCUCCUUCCACUGGGAACGAACAAGUUGACCAGGCCCUCCUCUUUCAUCUUGGAUACUGUGAUAGACUUCUGGAGAGCUUAGGCAACUUUGGUCCCCUGAGGUGUCGAGAGUUCUACGCACUGGAUAAACUCCAGAAGCAAGCCUUCAUCAUUGAAAGCCUGAUGAAGAUUGCCAAACAAGGGCCUGAUGUGGAUCUGCAUUCUGUGAUGUCGGAACUGACUGACGACAAGGCGUUGAAGGAGUUCUGGGUUCUGUGCGUGGACCAGAACGUGUUGUACGUCCACCCAGAGAAGCUAUCCUACACCAUGGAGCAGAAGUUCGGACUCAAUAUCAAGGAGACCUUCGAUGUUUCCCCUGCCAGAGUGUUUGCUUACAUCAUGGCGAAGGUGCUGGACCUGCCCUCCUAUGACCCCGACAAGCUGCGGUCGUCCCUGGUCGUCACUCUGCAACAGUUUGUCAGCUUCUUCAAGAAGGACGGGCUAGCUGUCAUUGACUCCAUUGCUCAGGAAAUUAGCCUGAUGGAUCGGUUGUGUUCGGGAAACACCGACAUGGUCAUCAAAGCUGUGUUGACCUUGAAGGAGGACAUUCCUUCCCCAACGUGUCUGAAGGUCGUUGGAACACUGCUGAUAGCAAAUAAUCGGGAGAUCAACCAGACAGCGACAACCUAUCUGAAGUCUGUCGCGCGGAACAAGGAAGUUCGAGAUAAGGCGAUGGUGAUUUUCGUGGAGGGUCUGGAGGAUCAGAUCCCCGAUGUCCGAGGGGGCUCUUGCUAUGCACUGUCAGUUCUGGAGGCGGUGGAAAGUAUCGAUCAGCUGGUGUUUGUCUGUCAGGCUGAUGCGGCCUCCACUGUCCGGAGAAAGGCGAAGGAUGCUCUCUUCUCAAUGGGUGACGAGGGUCGACGGGCAUUCGAGGAAGCCCAACUCUCUUCCCACGGCUUCCAAGGACUUCAAAUGAAGAAGUGAAUGAUCGUCUGUGUGAUGUAAUCAUCCCAUUACCAGUCCUGUGCUUGGAGAUCUCCACAGCUAAGGGAGACUACUCCUGCCAAAUCUCAACUCAAAGGGAGAUAACUUUCGAAGAGACAAUCCUGACACAAGUCAUUUUCAUUCUUUGUACAUUUUGUUACCAAGGAGAUGAGAUUAUACAAAUGUGUCUGACCACGGUGAACACAGCUCCUGUGUAGAGUGUCGGGAAUGAAGGAACCCGUUGGUUUGUGUGUGUGUCCAGUUGUGCCGUGAUAACGCGUAAGGCUAUCAGCAUCUACAUCAAAUACCACAAAGUCGUAGUUAUGACAAGUUACUAACACAUGAUACACGUACACCACAGGGGCUGUUCAGGAAUCAACUUUGUUGCCCCAUGAACUGGAACUGUGAUCCUGAGAACAGAACAGAAUCUAUCGACCAGCUUCUCAUGCGAUGUGCCCCGAGGAAGAGACUCAGAGGCAUUGGCACUGUGUGAAGUGUACAGAUAUCUUAGCAUGCUAGAAUUCUUUCACAGUGUAGCUUCAUCAUUCUAUAAGAAGACUUUGUUAGCCGUUGCCAAAAGAUCCGAAUGUGCAUCUGUUACUCACUUUUGUGGUCGUAGAUUGUGUCAUUGCAGUAAGAACAAUUUGGAUGUCCCGCGCAUCCUUGUAGGGCAUUGUAUUGACUUAUACCACCUCAUGGUGCAUGAUAUCGCUUCAUGAUGUAGGAUAUCAUUGUGAUCGAAGAUAUCACUGUUUGAUAUAUGAGUUAUCACACAGUACGGUGAUGAAAACUGGAAGUGAUACUCUCUGUAUUAUAAGACUGGUCAUGUUAUGUGCAACCACAUUUUUGUUGCGAAUAAUAGUUUUAAAGGAGUUUUCCCAGCAGUGUCGGUAUGUUAAUGUGAGGCGAUGUUUUCAGAAAUUAUGCAUGUGACCCUUGAAGCAAUUGUGGCUUUGUGUAGUACAUUAUAGAACAGUUUCACACAGCGAGUAAUGGUGCUAACAGUUACUGUCUACACAGGCCCCAGACAAGCAUAAUUUCUGAAAACUCCCAUGCGCAUUAUUCUUUUCAUGAUUUGUUUUAAGUCAAUCAAAAUUGUUGCUAGUCAGAUAACAUAUGUUGAUCUAAAAGAAUGUGAAUGCUAAUCAUUGUUUAUAUAUAUAUCGUUGGAAUGUAAAUAUGCUACUUGCGCUAACAUGGCUAGGCCUGAUGUAACCUUGUAUAUACACUUGUACAGAUUUUGUAUUUUAUAUUGUACAAUAUAAGCAUUUUGACCGCAAGUGACAA